AUGUCCCAUUCAUUUAUACUUGCAUUUUUUGUCUUGAUAGAGCUUACCCAGGCUAUAAUCAGUCUCAACCCAUAUGCUCCCCACAUUGUAAGAUGUCCCUCUGGACUGUUGACCAGGCCAGCUUCGGGGACUUUGUGCUCUCAAGAGUCCAAUUGGGUCAAGAAUCGUCAAGCCGUAACCAAACAAAAGUUGGCAAACUUCCUUGCCGGGGCCAACUUAACUGACUUUGAUGCUCUCAGCUUCUUGACCAAUACCUCCAGAUCUAUUAAUAUUGGUUUGGCAUUCAGUGGAGGUGGAUAUAGAGCAAUGCUAGCUGGGGCUGGUCAAUUGUCGGCCCUAGACGAAAGAACCGCUUCUUCCGACUCGGGUUUGAAAGGAUUGUUGCAAGCUUCAACUUACAUUUCCGGAUUGUCUGGAGGGAGUUGGUUAGUGGGAUCGAUUGCUCUGAACGAUUAUGUUUCAGUGGAUGAUAUACUUGCCCAAGGUAAACUCUGGGACUUGGAAAAGUCCAUUUUCAACAACUUCGGAUUAGAUCCCAUCUCUGCUGCUGCUUACUACGCCUCUAUUAGUGCAGAAGUGGAAGCAAAGCAACUUGCUGGAUACAAAGUGACAGUAACAGACCCAUGGGCUAGAGCAUUAUCGUAUCAACUUUUGUCUAACUCUCCUGAAAAUGGUGCUGGAUUGACCUGGUCUAGUAUAAGCAGUUUGUCUAAUUUAAAGAACUACCAAAUGCCAUUUCCAAUUCUCGUUGCUGAUGGUAGAGCACCAGGUACUCAAAUAAUAGAUGCCAACUCCACCAUAUUCGAAUUCACACCUUUUGAAAUGGGUUCUUGGGACCCAAGUCUUUCCCAAUUUGUCCAGACCCAAUAUAUUGGUUCCUACCUCAACAAUGGAAAGUCUAUGACUGGAACAUGUGUCAACGGUUUUGAUAAUGCUGGUUUUGUCAUGGGUACGUCAUCGUCUUUAUUUAACGCUUUCAUAUUGCAAAUUGAUACUGUGGGUUUGCCUUCUUUCCUUUCGUCAUUGAUCAAGUUGUUCCUUCUUCCUGCUUCCAUUAUUAAUGUUGAUAUUGCAUACUAUGCACCAAAUCCAUUUUAUAGCAGUGGUGGUUCAGGAUUGCUUGGAAAUUUAGGAAAUUUAGUAGGAUCAGUUGUCGGAAGGAUCAUUGGCAGCAAUACUCUCUACUUAGUCGAUGGAGGUGAAGAUGGUCAGAACGUUCCAUUGGAACCUUUGCUUCAACCACAACGUCAAGUUGAUGUGAUUUUUGCUCAUGAUAAUGGGGCAGAUAUUGGCGGCUGGCCCAGUGGACAAUCUUUGGUUGAAACUUACGAAAGACAGUUUUCAUCUCAGGGAGGCGGAGUGGCAUUCCCAUACGUUCCAGAUUCUACUACCUUCCGUAACUUGAACUUGACAGCUAAGCCAACUUUCUUUGGAUGUGACGCCAGAAACCUCAACGCUUUAUCUCUGAAUCCCCUUGAUAUUCCUUUGGUUAUCUAUAUUGCCAACAGGCCCUUCUCCUACUGGUCAAAUACAUCAACUUUCAGAUUGACAUACGCAGAAGACGAGAAGAGAGGCAUGAUCCGUAAUGGGUUUGAAACCGAAACUCGUUUCAAUGGAACCAUCGAUCCUGAAUGGCCAGCAUGCGUAGGCUGUGCCAUCAUUAGAAGGGAACAAGAAAGGCAGGGUGUUGAACAAACAGAACAGUGUAAGAAGUGUUUUGCUAAGUAUUGUUGGAACGGAGACUACUAUAGUGGUCCAGAUAUUGGUGAUAACUUUUCCAAUGACGGUUUGACUACUAGCUCCGAAUACUACAAUGCCAACAAUGUCGAAGGAAUCAACAACGGUGGAAUCACCCUCUUUAAGAGAGACGUAGAAGAACAAGAAGAAGAGGAAUAG